GCAACCUGCUUGGCAACGGGGAGUCGGUUGGGCUGUGGCCUGGAGCCCCAACUGUCAGCAGGGUCGGGCUGAGGCUGCAGGAAAGGCUGUGGGUGCUUUCUCCAAGGCCAUGGAAUCUUCCUCAAGGUCUGAGAUGCCUUUGCUCAAGUACUGCAGCGUGGCCACAACCCUGAAGGCCCCCGCCUGGGCUGGCGCUGCUCCUCCCUGGGACUUCUCCUUCACCUGCCCUUUUGCCCUGCGAGCGCCCUGGCUCGGCAGACACAGUCCCCUCACCAGGGAUGCAUCCUAUCAUCCCUGUCUCCACAUGGCUAACCCAGCAUGGCAGGGAAGAGCUGGAGACGUCGCUGACACACGAGUCUUGGCACAGAGGGAGCCGGAUGGCUUUUAUUACCCAGCUCAGAUAAAGGCUGCUCCAGAGCUGGAGAGGCAGGGCAUCAUGCUGGUGGAGUUUGAAGCUCCCCUGGUCCCAGCCCCAGAGCUGCCAGCCCAGCAGCGGGGUUUGGUCUUAGAUGAAGAUGUCAUUCGGUUCUCACCACCCCUGGAAUACGCCCUGCAACCUGGGGACAAGGUGAUGGCCCCAUGGGAGCCAGGCCAGCUGCGAUAUGGCCCCGGCACCGUUCUCUUGGACCUGGAGGCAAAAGGCCCACGCAGAGCAACUACAGAAGAUAUUACCGUCUGCUUCUGGAAUGGCAAGAUAGCUACAGUGCCUGUGGCUGGGGUCCGGGGAGUGCCCCCAGCCGUCUGGAGGAGAGCUGUGGAGAAGCUGCUCAGGGGCGCUGGCCCGCUCCCUUGGGCCCCUCGCUGCUCUGGCUGUGUCACCAGCAGGCUGCCUCUGGGCCCUCCAUUCCUGGGCUCCCCUGGCCCCCCUGCCAGGUGCUGCCAGCUGCUGUGCCAAGGCUGCCACUGCUGCUGUCCCUGGGUGGGACCUGGCUGGUGGCCUCUAAGCAGGCCCCCACGGGUCACCUCCAGAGAACACCCAGAGGUGGCGCCAAAGCCCCUAGCACAGCUGUUGCCCCUCAGAAGCCUCCAAGAGGAGGAAGGAACGAUGGCACCCUUGGCUAUUUCCUCCUCCUCCUCCUCCUCCUCCUCUUCCUCUUCCUCCUCUUUGGAUGAAGAUGACUUAGAGCAUGAUCUGGAAGUGGGCCUCCCCCAGAGACUGAUGGUGGACAGCACAGUCAACACGGACCCCCUCUUUCUGGAGAAGCCGGCCAGGCAGGGCGGCCUCCGCCAGCCCGAGUGGAGGUACUGGAGGAGAAACAGGCCUGAGCCGCCUCCGCCUCCGCGGAAGCCAGGCAUACCUUCCCCGAAGCAGGGCUGA